ACUCGAACAACAGCAGGGUUACGGAUAGUUUUUCGUAACCGUUGGAUCGGACUUCGACUCGACUGUUAUAAAAGCCUCAGUUAGCGAUUAGGUUCUUGUUUAUUAUUUAGUGCCUUCUGACAUGGAGAAAAUCCAUUGAAUUUUGAUAUUACAAAUAGAAGAAUUAUGGAUGAGAUACUCAAAUCAAACAACAUGUCAAGAUCUCAGAGUAAUUUCACUUGUCAGGACAUUAAUAUCAUUGACCUUGGAAUAUAGAAGGAAAAGAUCAGUUUGACCUGUAAAGGUCAAUGAGAGAGCACUCCAGUGCACAGCUGAGAGAAUUUUACCCGAUUACUCAGCCUGAAAGAGCAUCACACCGUUCACGGUGGGGGAAAAACUGUAUACAUGUUCUAUGUGUUUGUUUGUUAAAGAAUUCACCAACGAAUCACUGAUGAUUCAUCAACUCAUUAUUACAGAAGACAUGAAACAUAUGUUUAUGCGUACUCACGUUGGGAAGAGGUUGAGUCAGCUGCCUGACCUGUUGGCAGAGCAGAGUGUUCACACAGGGGAGAAGCUGUUCACAUGUUCCACGUGUGGGAAGAAUUUCUCUCGUUCAUCAAAUUUGCUGGCCCACCAGCGAGUUCACAGUGGGGAGAGGCCUUUCAUCUGCUGCACAUGUGGCAGGAGAUUCUCUCGUUCAUCGAAUCUGCUGGCACACCAGCGAGUUCACACUGGGGAGAGACCAUUCAGCUGCUCCACCUGUGGGGAAGAAUUCACUCGAUUGUCAAGUUUGCACACCCACCAGCGAGUUCACACUGGGGAGAGGCCAUUUAGUUGCUCUACUUGUGGGAAGGAAUUCACACGUUCAUCCCAUUUGUUGAGGCACCAGCGCAUUCACUCAGGGGAGAUGCCUUUCACCUGCUCUGUGUGUGGGAAAGGAUUCAGUCAAUCUUCCAACUUGCUGACACACCAGCUUGUUCACUCUGGGGAACGGCCAUUCACGUGCUCCCAGUGUGGGAAGGGAUUCACUCGGUCAUCUCACCUUCUGACGCACCAUCGUAUUCAUGAGGGAGAGAGGCCAUUUACCUGUUCCGUGUGUGGGAAGGCAUUUAUCCAGUCCUCCAGUCUGCUGACACACAGGCGAAUUCACACUGGAGAGAGGCCAUUUGUUUGUUGUGUCUGUGGGAAGGGAUUCACUCGGUCAUCCAACCUGCUGUCACAUCAGAGUGUUCAUACUGGAGAGAAACCAUUCACCUGUUCUAUAUGUGGAAAUAGAUUCACUCGUUCCUCCAGCCUGUUGGCACACCAGCAUGUUCACACUGGUGAGAAACCAUUUACCUGCACUGUGUGUGGGAAAGGAUUUACUCGCUCAUCCAACCUGCUUACACACCAACGUAUUCACAGUGGAGAGAGACCAUUUACAUGUACUGUGUGUGGAAAAGGAUUCACUCGUUCAUCUAACCUGCUGACCCAUCAACGAGUUCACAUUUAGCUACACGAAGUGGAUUCUGCUGUUAGUAAUGUGCAGGAUUCAGCCAGGUUGGAGCUGGAAGUUGGGGUUUGUUUUUGCUGAUCUGAAUAACCCUAGAACCAGCCCAAAUUUUAACACUGAGUGAAUGUAUUGCAUUUAGACUUUCUCUGGGAUUUAGCUUCACCAACCACUGCUGGAAGUGGGUUGUAUCUGUACAGCAUGCCCCAAAUUUCUGUAGACAAAAGAUUUUCCAAGAUGAAAGAUUGUGAAAGGGAUCCAUGGUGAACAACUACAUGUGAAUUUAUUCUCAUCUAGUGAAUCAUUGACUAUUCACUCACAAAAUCAGGUUUUAACCAACAUGCUUCAUAAGAACAUUCAGACACUUUGACAGUCGUCAUUGAAACUUACUUGGUGUCCCUUUAUAAUUCUACAAGAUGCUGUCUUUUCCCUCUCAGCUUUCAAUUACAGUCAAUGCCAUCCAAUCAAAGGCGUUGCACAUUAACCCACAGCUAGUGAGAUCUGCUUCACACUCGCAGACUGAUUUAGAAUUUAAACACUUGUAUUUUUUGGAAAUGUCAAUGAGUUGAGACAGAUUUAAAUAGGGACAUGGGCUGUUUGUUUAACACAGGAGAAAAUGCCGAGCAACAGGUGUCCUAGCAGAAACUACUACAAUUGGAGAUGGGGAGAGAAUACUUGUAAUGCUGGAAAGUACAAGAGAGAAUGUGCUAAGGACACUAUCACUAAGGACUAUCAGUGAAGUGACUACGAACUUCACUCGUUAACUUGACAGGGAAACACAUUUCCACAAUUAGUAUACUAAGCGAAUAUCUUGUUUUAAUGAAAGAAAUGGUCUUUUCCUUUGGGUGCUUCAGUUGGUACCUGCCAAGUUAUCUUGAGCUAUCAGCCAACAUGAGUACACGCACACAAACUGAUGCUGUCAAUGGCUAUUUUUUGAAUUUUAUUACCUGGAGAUUGGGGAAAAUUUUAAUGUAUUUUUAAAAAAUGCUUAAAGUGAACCAUUGAGCUGAUAAAAAGCUUGGAUACUUUGGUUAGGUAGUAAUAUUAUAAAAGAUAGCAGGGUUUUUGUCAUUUAAUUUUUAAAAAUAGAUUUCUGGAUUAUACCAUAUUAUUUGCAGGAUGAGUUUGUUUGUCUACUAGAAUCAAACUCUCAGGUAGAUGGGUACACGGGUUGAUCAAAUGGAGAACAAUCAUUCUGCUGGAGUUGGAAAUGAGGGAUGUAGGGGUUCCCAAUGCUACCCUUCUUUCCCCUGUAGUGAAGA